CCGCUAUUGUCUCUGGUGCUAAAGCCUCCUGUGAUGUUGAAGAAAAGUUGGAGCGGUUAAAGAAUAUAAAGCAAAAAUCAAACGACACUAUCAAGGCAUACACAAACAAGUUCGAUGCAUGUGCAGAAGUUGUGAAGAAUAAUGGGUUAAGGGAACCUUUCAGAGAAAGAGUUGAAAUGCAAUGCCCCGAAACGUAUGAUGAUGCAAAAAAAUGGGCUUUAAAGGUGGAAAAAUAUAACGUGGAUGACCUUGCUUCAGCUUUUGGUGCUUUAAAGAUUUGCCGUGUUGACCAAAAUCAAGAUCAAGACGACCGAAUAGGUAAAAUGGAAUCAAGCAUCAAGGAAUUAACGAAGGCCAUCUUGGAUCUUAAAGAAAAUAGGGAACCUCCCUUAUACCGUAACCAGAGAACUCAAAAUCAGCGGCCCGGUAACCAAAAUCAAACUAUCCGAUCUCGUAGAUGUUACCAAUGUGAUCAGGAAGGUCAUCUUUCAAGAGAUUGUCCUACCAGGGCACAACAAACCCUACCUGAUAAUCAAAGGAAUGUGACGAGAAAUAACCAACCUGAUGGUCCCGAGGUUAGAGGUAUGAAUAUACGUUACCUUGAGGUUACAGAAUCGAUAAAGGAUGAAGGUGAUGACUAUCUAAGGAUUAAGUUGGAAGAAGGGGAAUCAUUAUUUGAUGUAAGGAACCUAGGUAAAAGGAGGCGUGUGGAGGAUGAACACGAGAUGCCUUCAUGGGCUCAAAAGAGCACCUAUAAUGAAAUACCCGAAGAAAUUGACCAGCACAAAAAGGGAUCGAUAAUGUAUAUCCCGAUCUCUGAGCUAACGGCCGAAUUGGACAUUUUGAAAACUAUAGC